AUGAUGGACCAAUUGAAGGAACAGAGCAAGAAGGCGAGCGAGAAACUCGAGGACCUUUCCAAGAAGACGCAGAAGGAGAUGGAGAAGAUGCAGAAGGAGCUGGAGAAGACGAGCAAGAAGGCGCAGAAGAGCAUUGAAAAGACCGGUAAACAGACGAAAGACAGCGUGAACAAGGCGAUGAAAGAGACGCGAGACAGCGUGAACAAGGCAGUGCGGGGAGACCAGGGACGUACAGAGAGCAGUGGCAGUAGCCUCUUGCACUCGACCAAGGAGGCUGUUCACAUUGAGGUCAAGGGCUCGGAGAAGAAGGUCAAACGGGGACGUCGAAAGGACUCGAGCGACGAGGAGGACGGUCUGCUGGACGACAUUGGGGACGACUCGACCACAUGA